UGACUUUAACCAUAAUCACAAAAAUGCAUGGGAUUACAAGCACCUUCAUGGUACUUCUGUGCACAUUUUUGAAAGCAGAAAGUUUGCUGUUCCAUGGACAAACCAAUGUUUCCUCCUCGGCUUCUAGUGGACAAUCUGAUCCUGACGUGUACAAGCAACUUCUUAAUUUGGAAAGGGAUUUAAUUUCAAUAAUGAGGAAUCAAAAACAACAAGCUCAGAAAUUCGAACAAAAGCAAACCUUAUUAGAGGGAGAGAUUCAAUCGCUGAGGCAAUGGAAUCAAACGGCCCAAAUGAAGAUAUCAUUGUUAGAAAGCGAAAACAAAAACUUGAAAGAAAGACUAGAAAACAUUAAUUCUUCAUCCACUUUAUUAAAACAAAACGUGACAACAUCAGAAGACUUGAGAAAGCUUGAGAACAUCUUAACUUUCGAUACAGAGCAGACGGUCAGAGACAGUGAAGAAAAAAUGAUGAAGAACAUGUCUGCCACCAUCACAGACCUGGAACUCCGAGACCGAUAUUUAUCACUUUCUCUGUUGGACGUACACAGCAACAUGACAAUCCUUGACCAUAUUCUUUCUAAGCUCAUGCAGCAACAGAAGACAGACAAAGAGCAACAAAAUAUGACAAUACAAAACUUAUCACUUUCUCUGUUGAAUUUACACAUUUACACACCAGUAUUAUCGUCUUCUUUUUCUAGUUUGGAUGCACAGCAGAAACGGAUGAAGAGUGAGAUCCAAACACUGACAAAUUCACAGCAAAAUGAGAUAACGAAACUGAACGAUACAAUUAUCCAUCUUAAGAAUCGUGUCCAAUUCAAUGUAGCUUUUACAGCUGCUGCAAAAACUGGCCAUACAUAUGCAAGUGGAGACACAGUUAUAUUCCCAACAGUCAUGUACCAGGUGGGAGGUGGAUAUAACCCUACAACAGGAAUGUUUACUGCCCCAAAAGCUGGACUGUAUCUUAUAUUCUGUUCUAAUGUGGGAGAUCACCAUAAAUCCUUCUGGACCCAAAUAAUGAUUAAUGGUUCACCUAAGGUAGGUGUCAUGGCUUUUCUUGGUGGACCUGUAACUGUCACCCAGUCAGCCUCCAACCUUGUUGUCUACCAGUUACAAAUGGGAGAUCGAGUAUGGAUAAGAUUGUUUCAUGGUAGUAGUCCUUACUCAAGUUUAGAAGAUACAACCUUUUCCGUCAUCAUGAUUAAUGGUUCAGACUAAAACUACCACAGUAACUGUAACAUGAUUA